UCUCUUUGGAACUUGUGAAUUUUGGAUUUGUGGUGUGAAAUGUGAAUUGUUAGUAGGCGUGUGGGGUAAAGUUGUAAUUGAUCUGUGGUUGUGGCGUUACUAUUGUAAGUAAAUACAUAUCACCGCGUAAUUAAAAAUGGGUAACUCUAUGGCAUCACCGGGACCGGCAAGCACACUCACGACGCCACCUCCACCGCCGCCGCAGACGACGGCAGCCCCGACACCACCACCACCGCCACCAACAGUUGGUUUUCCGCCUGCUGCACCAAAAGCAGAAGACAUUAGUAGCAGCAAGAUCCAACAGAUAGGCGAAACAACAGGCACUAGCGACACCAAAGGUCUAGAAAACCCUGGCACUGUUGAAGAUCUCCACAAGAAGUGCAAAGAUGUAUUUCCUGCCGUAUUUGAGGGUGCAAGGCUGAUUGUGAACAAAGGGCUUAGCAAUUACUUUCAGGUAUCUCACACAAUAAACCUGAGUGCCAUUGCACCAUCAGGUUACAGAUUUGGUGCAACAUAUGUGGGAACUAAACAGAUGUCUCCAACAGAAGCAUUUCCUGUACUUCUCGGCGAUAUAGAUCCUGAAGGAAAUCUAAAUGCAAAUAUCAUUCAUCAAUUUGGAACAAGAACAAGGACAAAGUUUGCAGCUCAGAUACAGAGUAAGGUAUUCACAGGAGUCCAGCUAACAACUGAUUACAAAGGAGAUGACUACACUGCAUCUUUGACCUUCGGAAAUCUAGAUAUCAUUAAUGAAUCGGGUCUUAUCAUUGGUCACUAUUUACAAUCAGUUACGAAGAAUGUGGCACUUGGAGCUGAGCUAGGGUAUCAAUAUGGAGCAAAGGUGCCAGGAGGUCAAAUUGCCAUAGUUUCAGCUGUUGGAAGAUAUACUGGAAAUGACUUCACAGUUAGUGGUGUUGUGGGUGGUGCUGGAGUCCAUGUAUGUUACUAUGAAAAAGUAAGUGACCAGCUGCAGUUCGGAGUGGAGAUGGAUACAAAUCUGCGUAUGCAAGAAACUUUAGCUGUCAUUGGUUACCAAGUAGAUCUUCCCAAAGCAGAUGUGUGCUUCAGAGCUAUGAUUGACUCCAAUUGGACUGUUGGUGCUGUGCUGGAGAAGAAGUUACAGCCUUUACCAUUCUGCUUUUCACUGAGUGGUAUGCUGAAUCAUAGCAAAAACAAUUUUCGGUUAGGCUGUGGUAUCACGAUUGCUUGAAUAAAAAGUCAGUGCAUUUGAGGAAUUUGUUUGAAUAAAAUAUAAUAGUCAUUGGAGAAUAUAUAAUAAUUCACAAUGCUAAAGAUGUUUUACUGUUAACGUGAAGCAGAUCUGUGAUCAGUUCAGUAAUUUGCAAGAUCUUUCACAUACAGAGGUGCUUACAAACACAUCACCUCCAUUAGCCAAAGUAUUUGAUACGUUUGUACCAAACAUUUUGUUAGUUUUCCAUGUGACUUAUUUUUUGUAAAUAUGUACCUGCACAAAACAAUGACAGCUGUAAGCAUUUUUUUAUCUAAUGUGACACAAGAGACUGUAUUGCUGAAUCAUUUCUUGCAUUUGCAAGGACAAAAUAAACAAAUACAAUAACAUUUAUAUCAGAAAUGACUAAAUGUGUAGUAUUUAGGUUCUUCCAAACUCCAAGGAUCCUAAACUCUCAGAUCUUUGGAGAGACUUAUACAGAAAAAGAGUCAGUUUUGAGCUAAAUGUAGACCUACAAAAUUAGUUUUUUGUUAUGUGAUGAACUUAUUACUCGCUCUUUUUGUGCCGUGUGAUUGCCACUAUAUUUGCAUUCUGUAUGUAUCUGCCACUUGCUGUUUGGUGUUAGAGUAACUAGCACAUUUGGAUGGAGGCAGAUAUGAUACAACAAGAAUUUGGAAUUGGCUCUAAGAGGGAGGAAUGGCAGCAGAGGAUGUGCAUUCUGCUUUUCAGUAUGUGUAAAUAAAGCUGUUUGUUACUUUGUUUUAUGAUCAAUAAAUUUGAAAGUCUUGCCACA